GGGAUGGCCUGCGUUGGGCGGAUGGGGAGUAGUUCCCGCGUGUCUGAAAAGAAACCCUGACAGAAAAUAAACAAAGUUCCGAGCCCGGGAACCCCCAGUCUCAAAUCCAGUGUAACGAGGGUGUGCGCUUGGCGUACUGUAGGGAUGGGCUGUCCAGAAAAUACUGAAGACCAGAGUGAGAGCUCUCGCUCUCCAGGAAAUCUGAUAAUUCACUAAUCCCAUCUGCAUGGGGAGGCAUCGCCGUCUGUCUUUCCCCCACAGGGAUUGUACAGUCACAUGCGAAGUAGAAGCCUCACUUUUCCGAAAGCUAGUAGACAAAAACUCAUGUGGGGAAUAGCAUAUCAUGUUUGCCACUUUUCAGCUGCCCCCUUAAAAUCUUAGCCAAAAGUCGGUGUUAAUUUGUGCUUAAUGUUUGUUGUCUUUUAGUAGCGAAGUUAAUAUCUUGAACAGACUGCUGUUGUUGUCUGCUGGGUGACGCUAAAAGGGAAAUAUGUGGGUGGUGAAGUUGUAUUUUUAGAUACUGAGUUGUAAAACUGUCAGUCUUGAAAGUCCAAUCCUGAUACUUCCUUCAGGCUGUUGCUUUCACUUUUGUUUCCUGAUGCUCAUCUCUAAACAGGAGUAUAAUAGAAGGGGCAAAAGGGAAGAAAAAAAAAGGACUAUUAGCACUUUGGGCAGAAAAUUAAUGUCUUCAAAUAAACCUGGUUUUCAGCUCUUAAUUCAUUACUAUCAUGUAAUGCAUUUGUGAAGAAACGUUUUAAAAAAAGGCAAAUUAUAAAUUUAGCCGGUCUGUUAGGCACCUGUCCUGUAUCCAUCACUGUUUUGACCUGUACAUUUGGCCAUAAACAACGUUUGAAAAUGUGUGGAAAAUACAGAUUUUAAGUUUAGUUCUGAGAAGUUUUGUUCAUGUCCAAAUGCGCUUAACAAACCAAAUUAGCAGCUUUUAUCAGAAAUCACGUUUUGACACUUGGCAACUGGUUUCCAGACCCAUGGCCAUGUUUGGCCACUAGUACAUUAUUCCACAAGUAGUCCCAUUUAUUUCAGUAUGUUCCAGAUGGAGUUAACAUUAAUAUUGUACCAGUGAGCCAAGCCUAGCAAAGAGAACAAAGACCAACAUUUUUCUUCAUUCUGAGGCAUUUUUUGUGUUUUCCUCACGUUGUAAUUAUUGGACUCUUGUUAAAAAAUAGCAAGUAGUUUUGUUCUAAAGAUUGUUGUGGCUGCUGUGGAAAAUCAAGGGUUAUAAGACAGAUUGAUCUGGAUACUAUUGAUGUCAGCAACCUAAACAGGCAGUUUUUGUUUCAAAAGAAACAUGUUGGGAGGUCAAAAGCACAGGUUGCCAAGGAAAGCGUGUUACAGUUUUACCCAGAAGCUAAUAUUAUAGCUUAUCAUGACAGUAUCAUGAACCCUGACUAUAAUGUAGAAUUCUUCCGGCAGUUUACAUUGGUUAUGAAUGCUUUGGAUAACAGAGCUGCACGUAACCAUGUGAACAGGAUGUGUCUGGCUGCUGAUGUUCCUCUUAUAGAAAGUGGAACUGCAGGCUACCUUGGACAAGUAACAGUUAUCAAAAAGGGAGUGACAGAGUGUUAUGAAUGUCAUCCUAAACCAACUCAGAAGACUUUUCCAGGCUGCACAAUUCGCAACACUCCAUCAGAACCUAUCCACUGCAUUGUGUGGGCAAAGUAUUUGUUCAAUCAGUUGUUUGGUGAAGAAGAUGCUGAUCAGGAAGUAUCCCCUGACAGAGCUGAUCCUGAAGCUGCCUGGGAGCCAACAGAAGCAGAAGCCAGAGCAAGAGCAUCCAAUGAAGAUGGUGAUAUUAAACGUGUUUCAACUAAGGAAUGGGCUAAAUCAACUGGAUAUGAUCCAGUUAAACUUUUCACUAAGCUUUUCAAAGAUGAUAUUAGAUAUCUGUUGACAAUGGAUAAACUGUGGAAAAAAAGGAAACCUCCUGUACCAUUGGACUGGACCGAAGUACAGAAUCAAGAGAAAAACAUGUCUGAUCAACAGAAUGACUCCUCUUUAGGCCUGAAAGACCAACAGGUUCUAGAUGUCAAGAGCUAUGCACGUCUGUUUUCAAAGAGUGUUGAAACUCUGAGAGUUCACCUAGCUGAAAAGGGUGAUGGAGCUGAGCUUAUAUGGGAUAAGGAUGACCCAUCUGCAAUGGAUUUUGUUACUUCUGCUGCAAACCUCAGGAUGCACAUUUUCAGCAUGAAUAUGAAGAGCAGAUUUGAUAUCAAGUCAAUGGCAGGAAAUAUAAUCCCUGCUAUAGCUACAACUAAUGCAGUGAUAGCUGGUUUGAUAGUGCUGGAGGGUUUGAAGAUUUUAUCAGGAAAAAUAGAGCAUUGUAGAACGAUUUUUCUAAACAAACAACCAAACCCAAGAAAGAAGCUACUUGUUCCUUGUUCCUUGGAUCCUCCAAAUCCCAAUUGCUAUGUGUGUGCAAGUAAACCAGAAGUUACAGUGAAACUUAAUGUACACAAGGUUACUGUGUUGACAUUACAGGAUAAGAUAGUGAAAGAAAAAUUUGCUAUGGUAGCACCAGAUGUACAGAUAGAUGAUGGAAAAGGGACUAUUCUCAUAUCUUCAGAGGAGGGAGAAACAGAAGCAAAUAACCACAGGAAGUUAUCAGAAUUUGGAAUUCGGAAUGGCACUCGGCUACAAGCCGAUGAUUUCCUGCAGGACUAUACGCUGUUAAUCAAUGUGCUUCAUAGUGAAGAUCUAGAAAAAGAUGUAGAAUUUGAAGUUGUUGGAGACGGUCCUGAAAAAGUUGGCCCCAAACCAUCAGAACCAAUUUCUAAGAACAUUACCAAUGGUAGUGAUGAUGGAGCACAGCCAUCAACUUCAACAGCUCCAGAUCAAGAUGAUGUAUUGAUUGUUGACUCUGAUGAUGAAGGUCCUUCAAGCAAAACUGAUGAAGAUAUGGAAAAUAAAAACCGCAAGAGAAAACUAGAAGAUAGAGAGCAUGUCAGUACAAAGAGAAUGCGUACAGACCAGACAGAAGAGCAAGAUGACAUAAUAGCACUAGACUGAGUGCAAAUACCCAAUGAUAGAACGAUAUAGAUAAUGUAAUACAAUAAGAUAUUACUUUGGGGUGUGUUAAAUGUCCAGAACUAGACUAUUUUUAUGGCCUUUGUUCCCAGGGAGAAUCACACCACUGGCUUACAGAAUUUGUGUCCAUUCCUCUUGAUGGUAAAGCACUCAUUUCAAUAGAAUCUUAGAAGUUUUCCAAUAUUCUAUAUUAAAUGUAGUAGAAACUUAGUUUAUAAAUACUUAAACAUAAGUAUUUGUUUAAACAGUCAUGAAAACAAAGCAUGUUAUUUUUAUGUAAAUACGUUUAGAUAUAAUUCAUUAGGACAAAAAACUACUCUUGUUUAGUAAAGGGUCACCAUUUGAAACCCAGAUUUAUAAAUAUUAGAUUUUUAUUUUCGCUAGACAAAAAAUAUUUUUAGCCUAGAUCUAACCAUUUUUCACACCCUCAACUAAUUUGAGAUAGCAGAUUCUUUAAAAACAGAAAUAAGAAGUGCUAUGUUUAAACUCUCUGAUCUUAAACAUCAGCUGGCACUGUGUACAUUACUGUAAAACAAUGUUAAUUUACUCAAGUUUUUCAGCACGUACUGCCUGGUAUGUCAAUGUAAGAAGCAAAUUUUGUGUAUUGUUACAGUUUCAGGUUAUUUAUAUUUGCUGUUUUGUAAGACUCAAAUACUAUUACUAUACUGUACAUCUCAUGGACCAAAUAAACAACAUCUGAAAUACUUGCUA